AUGAUCCACCCAACCUCUCUCUUCCUUCUAACCGUCCUCGGCGCUCUCCCCCACCCCUCCACCACCGCCUUAGCCCAGAACAUCUCCAUCCCCUCCGCCCUAACCAUCCGCACCACCAGCGGCAUCUACACAGGCCUCAUCGACCCCUCAGUGCCCGACGUAAAACAAUGGCUAGGCAUCCGCUACGGCCAGCCCCCGCUCGGCACCAAACGCUUCCUCCCGCCCUCCCCCGCCGUCGACCCCGACACGCAUUACUACGCACGCCAGUACCAACCGAUUUGCUUCCAACAGAGCGGGAGCCACACGGGCUUGUUCUGGGAGCUUGUUCCCGAGUUCCAGAACCAGGAUCCACAGGGGGAGGAUUGCUUGUUUUUGAAUGUCUGGGCGCCGGAUGUUAAGGGAGUAGGGGGGAAGGAGGGGAAGGAGGGAAGGGAUGGCUUGCUUCCGGUGCUGAUUUGGGCUUGUGGUGGUGGGUUGCAGGAAGGGGGUGGGCAUGCGCCGUAUCAGGUUCCGGAUCGGUGGGUGCAGAGGACGAAGACGCAUGUUGUUAUUACUUUCAAGUGAGUUUUUGGCUCUGCAAUCUUUCGGCUUCUUGUUUUCUU